AUGGCCGGGGCGCUGCUCCGCGCUGGGGUGCGCCGCUUCCCCUGGCUCUGCAACGUGCUGCUCUACGGGGGGCUCUUCACGGCGGGGGACGCGGCGCAGCAGCUGUGGCGGCGGCGGCGGGGGGGGCAGCCGCCCAACUGGGCGCAGACGCGGCGGGUGGCGCUGCUGGCCCUCGGCUUCCACGGCAACUUCAGCUACCUCUGGCUGCGGGCGCUGGAGCGGGCGCUGCCGGGCCGCCGCCCGGCCGCCGUGCUCGGCAAGGUGCUCUGCGACCAGCUGCUCGGCGCCCCCGCCGCCGUCUUCGGCUUCUACACGGGUAUGAGCAUCCUUCAGAAGAAAGAGGACAUCUUUGCAGACUGUAGAAAGAAAUUUUGGAAUACCUAUAAGACGGGACUGAUGUACUGGCCUUUUGUGCAGCUGUCCAACUUCCUUUUGGUGCCCGUUCACCUGCGAACAGCUUACUCUGGGCUCUGUGGCUUUGUCUGGGCCACCUUCCUUUGCUUUUCCCAGCAGAGCGGAGAUGGCACAGCAAAGUCGGCCUUGAUGUGGCUCCAAAGAGAGAAGCUCAAUGCAGAUGAAGAAUCAUCAGAGAAAUAAGAACUCUAGUUCUGAACACUUGUUAAAUUAAGUUUAUGGAAGUCAGUAAACCCACCCUGCAGCCUCAUUGCUGUGUUUAGUCAUCUCAACAUCUCAACAUUUGUUGGUUAGUAUAAGCAGUGGAACAGUUUGUGUUUGUGUCUGUUUUUCAUAAAAGAGGCCAAUUGUUUAUUGGCAUUUAAUUAUUUUCAUGCUGCCAGCCCAUCUCUUCUCGGAACAACCAACUUACAGGGCAGUGUAAGCGUUUGCACAUCAUGUCAGACUGCCUUACUGGGGAGAAGUAUUAAUUGUAAUUUAAUUUUCAAGCAACUUGUAAUUGCUAGAAAAAGAGGAAUAGAAUAUUAAAUCAUCAGUUGUUGGACUUCACAAUUGUUAUCAGUGCAAGGUUGGUUUUGCAGAAAAAAAAAAAAAUGGUUUUCUUAUCUAAAAAGUGGCAUUGAAUCUGUUUUAUUCAGAGAAAACAGAAGUCCUCUGUUUGUAGGGACCACGUCUCUAUAGGGGCAAACUUGCUUUGUUCUACAUGAAAACCUAUAUAGCAAAUGAAAUAUUUCAUAGGAUGUACAAGCCUGAAAUACAUUGGCACCUCUUUUGUCUUAACUGGGAGAAUGAAGGUAAUUAACUUGGGUUGGAGUUCCUCAGUGUGGAUGCUGCAUAUUCACAGUUGGGGGAAUCAUCUGUUGUAUGCAGCUCCUGCACGACAGCAACUCAGCAAACACUGUGCUGAGCUCGUGCUGGACCUGUCCUCUGGUUCCAGUAUAAGCUGGGGAACGACCUGUUAUAGAGCAGCGUAGGGGAAAGGGACCUGGGGGUCCUGGGGACAGCAGGGUGACCAUGAGCCAGCACUGGGCCCUUGUGGCCAGGAAGCCAAUGGUACCUGGGGUGGGUUAGAAGGGGGUGGUCAGUGGGUCAGAGAGGUUCUCCUGCCCCUCUGCUCUGCCCUGGGGAGACCACACCUGGAAUCUUGUGUCCAGUUGUGGCCCCUCAGUUCCAGCAGGACAGGGAACUGCUGCAGAGAGUCCAGCGCAGCCACCAAGGUGCUGAAGGGAGUGGAGCAUCUCCCGUGUGAGGAAAGGCUGAGGGAGUGGUUGAGGUUGGAAAGGACCUCUGGAUGUCCAACUUAAGCAAUCUAGUCUGACCCUGUGUGACACAUAUAUAAACUUUUGUUUGCUUCUUCUAGUGAUUCAAGAAUUUCUUAAAAAAAAAAAAAAAAGGAUGAAAGAAUAAAAGAUGGGCAAGACUUGUCCUAAUGUCUCUCCACCACCCUUUCAAAAAGUCAUAUGCGCUUUAUGACUAUUUCAAGGAAUUGCACUGUUCUUAUUGCUCCCUGAACGUACAGAUUUCCAUAACCAGGAAGAUGAACAGAAUUCUAUGUCCUGUAGGUGCUCAGAAGGGAGGGAACAUGCUGCCAAUGACUACUAGGCAUGUAUUCCAGUGACAUUUUCACGUCAUGAGUUCUCUCUGAGAGCAACUGGGAUGAGAAGACAUUUACAUCAGGUGCAGUUCCAGCUUCAUGUUAUUCUGGAGAGCUAUGGAGAUGUAGAAUCUGAAGUUGAUAAAAUGAGAAUUUCAAAAUGUAUUUUUCUGCUGCAAAUCUUUUAUGCAAAUGUACCUCCUGUGCUAACUGGUAUGCAAAAUACAUCUGUCCAGGCUUGGAAAAUUCA